CUAAAAAUGGAGUUCCUAAUGACACAGGAGCUGGGCAGAGCUAUGUAAGGUAUCCAGGGCUUGGCCUCGCAGCUUCUCCUGUCUGUCUCUUUGUCUUCAGCCCAGGACUGCAAAGUUUGCUGCUUCCCACUGGCCUGGACUGAUCAUUAGGAAGGCAGAGGAAACUUACACUCAGUUCAAACUUCACCCUGAGCCUUUGGUUUCUUCUGGCUCUUUUCCCUUCCCUUCUCAGAGAUAUAAGAAAAGACACCCCACGCUGUCUCCCAAUGAAGACAGCUUGCUGGCUACUGUCAGGUUUUUACCUGUUCUUCUGCUGCAGGGCUGAAGAGGGACUGGACUUCCCCACCUACGAUGGGAAGGAUCGGGUGUUUGACCUGAACGAGAAGAACUACAAGCAGGCCCUGAAGAAGUAUGACGUGCUCUGCCUGCUCUUCCAUGAGCCUGUGGGCUCUGAUAAAGUCUCUCAGAAGCAGUUCCAGAUGACAGAAAUGGUACUGGAGCUGGCUGCCCAGGUCCUGGAAACUAAAGGUUUCGGCUUCGGGUUUGUGGAUUCCAAGAAAGAUGCAAAAGUUGCCAAAAAGCUGGGCUUGGAUGAAGAAGGAAGCCUCUAUAUCUUCAAAGAGGAGCGUAUGAUUGAAUUUGACGGGGAACUGGCUGCAGAUGUCUUGGUUGAAUUCCUCCUGGACUUGCUGGAGGACCCAGUGGAAAUCAUCAACAGCAAGCUGGAGCUACAGGCCUUCGACCGCAUUGAGGACGAGAUCAAACUCAUUGGCUACUUCAAAGGAGAAGACUCUGAACAUUACAAGGCAUUUGAAGAGGCAGCGGAACACUUCCAACCAUCCAUCAAAUUCUUUGCCACCUUUGACAAAGGGGUUGCAAAGAAACUAGCUCUGAAGCUGAAUGAGGUGGAUUUCUACGAGCCAUUCAUGGAUGAGCCAGUUCAUGUCCCCGACAAGCCUUACACGGAAGAGGAGCUGGUUGAGUUUGUGAAGGAGCACAAAAGAGCCACCCUGAGGAAGCUGCGCCCAGAAGACAUGUUUGAGACCUGGGAGGAUGACCUGGAUGGAAUUCACAUUGUGGCCUUCGCCGAAGAAGACGACCCGGAUGGCUUUGAGUUCCUGGAGACUCUGAAGCAAGUCGCCAAGGAGAACACCAACAAUCCUGACCUAAGCAUUGUGUGGAUCGAUCCUGAUGACUUUCCUCUGCUCAUCACCUAUUGGGAGAAGAUCUUCAAGAUUGACCUAUUCAAGCCACAAAUCGGGGUGGUAAAUGUCACAGAUGCAGACAGUAUUUGGAUGGAAAUCAAGGAUGAUGAUGACCUGCCCACAGCUGAGGAGCUGGAAGACUGGAUAGAGGAUGUGCUCUCUGGGAAGAUAAACACGGAAGAUGAUGACGAUGAUGACAAUGAUGAUGACAAUGAUGAUGACGACGACGACGACGAUGACGAUGACGAUGACGACGACAAUGACGACGAUGAUUAGAUUUGACUCUGUACAGUUUGUCUUCCGGACAGUGAGCAUUUUUCACUUGGGGCAGGUUGCCGUGCCUCCUAAAUGGCUGUCCCGCCUACUCGGCCUUAUGAAGACUGUUUCCAACGGUCACAGAAUACCCGUCUCCUCCUCCUUUCCCAUCCCUCCUGCUCCCAACACCAAAAACACUCCUUGGCCUGGUUUCCAGAGGUUCUGCACACCCACAGCCCUCAGUGACAUCAACAACGGCUGCAGAUGCUCAGCACUGCUGAAAAUCAGGCCUCACCAGUACGGACAACAGAAAUCUGCCGGGAAUUUCCCCUGACGUUUCUGUGAGUUACUCCUGGGAAAAUGGUAGGGGGCCUUUCUCCAUGUCACCAAAGGGCGUGGGGAGCUAAUUUCUAUUUCCAUGCUAAUUGGCCUCUUAUAUUUUAAGACCUAAUCUCAUUGUAAGAUACCAGGAAGGUCACUGAAAAAUACUGCCCAUCACAUUAAACAAAACAUCCUUCACAGCUGCUCAGCUAAACAGCACAGCAAAGACCACAAUAUCCCACAAACUCUGCUUUGGGUGUCUGGUACUACUUCACUGAUGACAUCAUAAAUGCCGUGGCAGUUAAAAUCUCAAUUAUCCGUAUAAUGAAAGAAUAUUCCCUUCGUGCAGAGCUGUGCAAAACAAUUGCACCCAAACCCAUGAAACCUGCCUGGAUUGGUGUGUCACUGCAGGCUCCAAACUCAGGCAAGGUUGGUGAAAGAGUAGAAAUACGGAUGGGUCAGAACAUCAGGUCUGAAAGAUCCUGAGGAGUUCAAAUCAAGGUCUGAAUCCAAACUCUGAGGUACAGAAACAAUGGACUAAAAUGAAACAUUGAUUCCUGACCCCAGAGCUUUGAGAUAAUCCAGAUCUGAACUCUGCCACUCUGAUCCAUCUGUAUGAUGGGUGGAACCAGAGCACCAUAUACGAACUACCUGAAUUUUGGGGAAGUUUGCAUCCACAUCUGAAUCUGGAUCUAAACUCUCUGUCUUAGGCCUAUCUCUUCUUUUAAAGGAUCCUUAGCUGAUUUGUCAUUGUGCAUUGAGAUCACAUGAAAUACACAACUUGAAAUUACAUACGGGGCACACCCCGCCAUACGUGGAAAUCAAAAGAAACGUUCAUACUAAUCCACCCACAAGCCCUCCCAUUCUGCAUGACUGUACAACCCUAGAGUUCUCUGAACCUUAUUCCUGCAUUGCAUCUUUUCCAGUGAACAAAUUGCCAGACGGGGACCGGUCUGUUCAGCUUCACUAGACAAGCUCAUUGGAUGAAUAAUUUUGGUGUGGUAACCAUCAGUGAAAGGAUCAAAUUGUCUGGCUUUUAAGUAGUUGUGGGACUGGAUUUGAAAGUUAUACUCCACAUAAAUUGUUCACACAUCCCUUAGUACUAAGGGUGCAGCCUCUUUUGGCUGCAGACUCUAAAGGACAUCACAGCAUUCAUCUGCAGUCAAAGGGUCACCCACAAUAGGGGUCAGAAACUUGAUCUUGCAGAAUGCAGGGCCGUCUGUGAGAAAUCCAUACAUAAACCAACUUGACAUCUUUAGGGCUCAUGGAUUUCCCUCAUCUGCAGAUUUCAAUUGUCCUGCUUUAUUAGGUUUUAGUGCAACAGAAGGACGAUCUGAGGACAUUCUUACCCGUAGGAAUUAAUCCUCAAAUUGUCUUGCCUCAUUAGCUUAGUUAGGGUCUGUUUCUUCUCUCUUACUAGAGAUACACAGCCUUCUGAUCUUGUUUACACUGGGGCAAGUCAGAAGUAACUAUUGAAGUCAAUGGACUUAACACCGAUGUAAAGCUGGUGGAGGUGAGAUGAGAAUCAGGACUCAUUAGGUCACUGUAUUAAUGUGAAUUAGCCCAACAAGAGCUAAGGUUUACAGUCCAGAAACUGCCUCUGUCUAAGUGAACUGCAAAGCAAAAUUUUAUAGUGCUAUCUAUAUCUACAUAUAGCUAUAAACCUGCCCUUUCCUGCUUCUGUCCCAAAGGUUUAAAAUAUGUGCGUUGUGGGGGUGGGGAUUUUCUAUGUAUUUACAUUUGGAACAUCAAGCGCUCACUUCCCUUUCUGUUCUAGAAGACUUGGUGAGAGCUUUGGAGGAUUUGAAGGAUGAUGUCACUCUAGGCUGUGCUGUGAGCUGUCUCCUGCUUUCUUACUGCUUCCAGAAAGGGGGUGCUAAGUCUUAACCCUUCUCCCAUUGGCUGAGGUGAGGGGGAGUCACAGCUCUGUCUACAACCACCAGUGAUAACCUUAUGGUUCAGACUCUCCAGAGUUCUGCCCAAGAUCCUCUAGGGUGACCAGAUGUCCCGAUUUUAUAGGGACAGUCCCGAUUUUCUUAUAUAGGCUCCUAUUAACCUCCCACCCCAGUCCUUAUUUUUCACACUUGCUGUCUGGUCACCCUAAGAUCCUCCAGCACAGAGAGGGAUGUGAGGACCUGGGACACCUCGUGUAAAUAGCAAGCAGGAUUUUUAUUUAAGUGUGAGGACAUCUUUAUGCAUUGUAAAGUGCAGGAAAGGGUAAAGCCAACAUUUUUCAGUCUCUCUUCUCAGUUCACCACUAAGGGACAGAUCCCACUUGCAUCCUCAUGUGGGAAGACUGCCGGCUUUGCCUUCACCUUGGGGCUACACACAUGAGUAAGGCAAGCAGGGUUUCACCCUUCCUGGCUAAUCAGAAGGGUUUGCAGAUUACAAGGGAAUAAAGACCCCAUGCAUUUUUGUCCUCACCGUUCACAACAUUAGCUGCAACCCCCAUUAUAAUCCCUGUUAUAAAACACAUUUUAGUUAUUUAUACAAUUUCCUGAUCUGCUUCUCUCUCUUUGAAAUUAUGACCCAUUCUCAGGAGCUGUUUGGGUGACAUCAGCUACGCUGAGCAGUUCUUCGAUUGAACUGGCUCAUGGAAGGGUAAUUCCAACAUGAGUAGACACUGAAACAGACACAGAUUUGUAAUCGGAAAGUAUAAUUAAUUUAUGUGAACAUGAAGAAAAACAAAUUAGUUAUUUUAUCCUUUCCUGGUCAUUAUCACUAAUGGGACAUCCCAAAUGCUCACUAGCUUUCUGCAUGCCUCUUUUCAGUGUCUUUUCUGCUCUAAGGACCUGGCUACAUUAGGUAUAUUUGCAUCACUAGCUACACUGGUGCAAACCUCUCCCAUAGAUGCACUGUGCCAGUGUAAAAUGGGGUGAGUUGCAUUUGUGCAAGCCCCACCUACCAUGUGUCUUGCACUGGGGCAGCAAUAUUGGUAAGGCUACACUGAUACAAAAAGGCAUUUUAAAGCAUCAGGCAAUAUUUAUUUUGGGAAAAGAGACACUUAGAACAUGGAUAUGUUCCAUGCAGAAAUUGGUGGGUGAUGUUGUAUCCUGUGCUGUGGGGUUUCAGUGCUUCAUAAAUUGGACUAGAAAGCUUUUCUUUGUAUUAUAAAAUAAAAAGUUAAAUAUGCAACUGUC